CAGCGCCUCCACUGAGCCCCCAGACCCGUCCUCUUAGUAAACUUUUAAAAGAGAAAUCAUUUCGAUGCUCUUUCGUUCCGUGCUUUCGACCAUGUAAUGAGAACUGAAAGAAUGGACGUAUGAAAAUUGUGCAAGGGGCACAGAUUCACUUCAAUGUCUUACUGACUUUUUACAUACAACAUGAUUUAGUAAUAAACAUUAACCUUUGGGUCAAAUGUAAGUAAAUAUGUACAUAAAUAUGACAAAUGUUAUUUCUUUACUUAAGAGCGAUCAGUUUUACGGCCAUGGUUGCGGUAUUUGUGUCUGUUCGGCGGGUUCUCAGCUCCAAUCUGGGAUGCGAUGCACGGAGAUUCAACUCUAGAGUUGGGUAAAUGCUCGAUUUUCUGCAGGCUCAUGGAAAAUGUGAAUCUUUCGAAGGGUUUGUCAUCAAAACUAUAAUGACUCAAUCCAAUUUAAAUCACACCUUUUUAUACGAUUUGUCUGGGGUUUUUAUUUAUAUUCAGUUAUUUAAUUCCUCCACUUAGCACACUAAUAUUAACAAAUUUGUUUGGGUCUGAAACAGUUUUCUGUUGUCGGGAUAAAGGGGCAUAGCUGCAAAGCAUUGCUACGCACAACCAUUCCUUCUUACUCCGCCGACACUCUCCUUGGCCGCCUCCAUCCAAUCCUGGGACACCUUGGGAUCCGCUACCAUGUGUGGCACAAUACCUUCCUCCUACAUCCGACACCUCUCAUGCUCAAACCGAUGGCACUCGAAGAAGUAGUGAAGUUUUCGUGAGAGAUGAAGUAUAAACGGAGCAGAAAUAUAGUGACUUUUAUAGAUCCUAUUACUACCAAUGCGAACUUCGACAUCCAAAUGGUCUACUGACCCAAGAAUUUGGUAUGGUUAUAAAUAUAAAUAAGCGAAGAUUCGACUAUAUUGAAAUAGUAUAAUUACUACUGUGGAAAUGUUAUACAGUUUAGCUAAGGCUAUAGCGGAUGGGCUUUAGUUCGGCCGUUUCAAACACCGAACAAACUCAUUAGAUCUCCAUGGAUUCACCCGUAAUCACCUGAAAGCAAUCAAAUAUAGCAUAAUUAAGGAAGACUGCACCAAAUUUAUUUAAAAAGGCCAUGCCCAUUUGGCGUGUGAUUAGUGACACGGAAAUGUUCGACGCACUUGUAUCUGGCCGGUGGCAUUUUCUGGCCGCAGCUGUUGUGUUCUGCUCCGUUCUGGGGUGCGAGGGUCGGAGGUCGAACUCCAGAUUCACCAACCUCCAGUGCGAGUCGUAUAGCGAGUCGUUUGCGACUUUCUCGAAAUGCAAACUCAAUCUCCUCGCCAGGGGACGCGCGGGAGUCAAUAUACACUGCCAACUGCACAAGACGCCCAUUACAAACGUGUGGAUGAAUUGGAGCAUGUAUCGUCGCUACAAUGGCUGGCGUCCAUUUAUGUACAACGUCAGCAAGAAUUUCUGCCAGCUCAUGGCAAAUGUGAACGAUGUCUCUUUCGAAGGACUUGUCAUCAAUGCCAUAAUGACUGGAUCAAACCUAAAUCACACCUGUCCGUACAAUCAUGAUAUCAUACUGGAUAAUUUGGAAUUCACAGACGAUUUGCUGAAAACCUUACCACUCCCCAAAGGCGACUAUAAGAUCCAACUGCGAUUUGCCAGUGACAAAACAUGGAGAUUGCAAGUGUCAGUUUUUUUCGCAAGAGAUGAACAAUAAUUGGAGCAGAUAGGCACAAACAUUUAGUACAGAUGUACAUAUCAUGUGUCCAAAUUGAUAUAAAAUACAGAACAUAUCAUUUAGAAUUCUGUCAAUUGAUUUUGACUUGUGAUGUUUAAUGGAAAUUUAAUAGAUAUUUAAAUUUUA